AUGGAUCACCGAAUCCGCAAUGUCCCUCUCACCCUCAUCUCAAGUCGCCUCAACCUCAGCUCCAGCACCCUCAGUUCCAGUCCCGUCCCCCUCAUCUCAAGUCGCCUCAACCUCAGCUCCAGCACCCUCAGUUCCAGUCCCGUCCCCCUCAUCUCCAGUGGCCUCACCCUCAUCUCCAGCCCCAUCAUCUCCAGCCCUGUCACCCUCAUCUCCAGCCGCCUCAACCUCAGCUCCAGCACCCUCAGUUCCACCCCAUCAUCUCCAGCCCUGUCACCCUCAUCUCCAGCCGCCUCACCGUCACCCCCAUCUGCAAAAGUGUGUGUCCCUUCAGACAUUUUGGAAACAGUGGUACACAACAUUUGGGCUGGGAAAAAGCCGGAGGUGUUGUGGAGCAAAGCAGGCCCUUACAAACUGUUUACACGGAACCUCCAGGAACACCUUCGUCCAGAUGCACUUGUGGAAAGUGAAAUCAUCAAUGCAUACCUAACGAUUGCGCUGAGUAAUUUCUCAGAGGCAGGCAGAGGCAGGGGAUAUCUACUUGACUCCUUCCAAAUGACGGACAUUUGGAGAGGUAAAAAUAAAGGACUGAGGAAGAUAGAUCCCCUGGAUUAUGAUGUCCUGAUUGGAGCUGUCUGCGAGCACCAUCACUGGACACUAACUGUGAUGUAUCCUAAAAAGAGGCAGUCCCUUUAUGUUGAUCCAUUUGGGGCUAGCGAAGAAGCAUUAAAAAAAUGCACUGCAGUAACCAGGUAA